CAAGAUGGCUCUCACCAGAAUUGAUCUUGCUGGCCUCGCCGUCAUGGGGCAGAACCUUGCCCUCAACAUUGCAGAGAAAGGCUUCCCCAUCUCUAUCUACAACAGGACCACCUCCAAGGUCGAUGAGACCGUUCAGCGCGCCAAGCUAGAAGGAAACCUUCCUCUCUACGGUUUCCAUGACCCUGCAUCCUUCGUCAACUCCAUUCAGAAGCCACGUGUCGUCAUCAUGUUUGUCAAGGCCGGCGCUCCGGUUGACCAGACCAUCGCAAUGCUCGCGGCACACCUGGAGCAGGGUGACUGCAUCGUUGACAGAGGAAACGAGUGGUAUGAGAACACGGAAAGGAGGGAGAAGGCGAUGGAGGAGCGUGGACUCCUCUACCUCGGGAUGGGUGUUUCCGGAGGUGAGGAGGGUGCCUGCCAUGGCCCCUCCAUGAUGCCUGGAGGCUCGCUGGAGGCAUACCAGUACAUUGAGGAGCAUGGACUCCUCUACCUCGGGAUGGGUGUUUUCGGAGGUGAGGAGGGUGCCCGCCAUGGCCCCUCCAUGACUCCUCGAGGCCCGUCUCAUCUCCAUCGCCAGCCCCACCUCCUCGCAUGA